GAAGGAAUAAAGUGUGAAUGUAAAACAACAUGGCGGCGCCCUAACACACACCAGAGAGACGGGCUCUGCACACACUAACUACAUGUUGAUCUGCAAAAAGUUGUACAAGAAUGGCAACACAAAUAAAAUCAGGCAAGAAAUCAAAAAAGAAACCAAUUCCUGUGAAGACCUCCCUCAAUAACCCAUUUGAUUAUCACUGGACUCCUCUGAACAGUGACCAGAUGCAUUUCAUCCUCAAUACCUUGAAAGAUAGAAUCUCAGAGAUUGGUCUCCAAAAGAGAGAGGUGAAGGCCUUUCGAAUGUGGGGGAAGAGAAAGAAGCCAAAGAAACUGGAGGAAGCCAAGGAACCAUCACAGCAAAAAAUUGAUGUUCAGCCUGUUCAAACCUCAGAGCAAGGCUGGACAGACAUUGCCGCAAGGAAGCAACUAGCUAUUGGCAUAAAUGAGGUCACCAAGGGCCUGGAGAGGAACGAGCUGUCUCUCGUGCUUGUGUGCAACUCGGUCAAACCCAGACACAUGACACAGCACCUAAUCCCAUUGAGUAAAACCCGUUUGGUGCCAGCCUGCCAGGUGCCAAGACUGAGCGAGAACCUGGCAGGCAUCAUGGGGCUCAAAUGCCUCCUGGCUCUUGGGUUCAAGCGUGAAACACCAGCGUUCACCGACACCGUAGCAGCCAUAGUGCCGAAAGUGCCAUCACUAGACGUUGCUUGGGUACCCUCACUUGCAGGACAGGCAGUGGGCUCCGAGGAGGGUCAUCAAGAGGAGAAAUCGGAGGAGAGGGAACAGGCGAGAGGACAGAAACGCAAACUUGAAGAGACUCCUGGCACCACAACCCCCUCAUCCUCUUGUUUACAACCUCUGAAAGUAAAGAGGAUUGUUCCAAAUCCCUCAAAAAUUCGCAAACCAAAGAAAAAUAAAUUGAAGUGAUGAACUUCAACAGAGGACUAUAACUGUUGUUUUGGUAACAAACAUAUGCUUCUACAGCCUAACUGAAGACAACUGAAGAAGUCACAAACCAUGUAAUUAGUCUCAUUUGGAUGAAUUUAUUCAGUCAAAUCCAUGCUGGUAUAAUCCACUGUGUACUAUAAUUAAAAUAAUUCCCAUAGUUG